AUGUUUCCCCAGACAUGCGGGGAAACACGCGAACACACAGAAUGGGAAACACGCGCUCUCUUAUUUACAAAUGUUCUUGUUCCAUAUGGAAAAUAUUUUGGAUAUUGGGCUCAAUCGUCGUCACCUAUAACUGGUGGACUCGUUCAUGUAUACAUGUGUCAUGAAAAAAGUUUAAUAAUAGGUGAAAAAAUAACAGGAAACAAUAAUUUGAAUAAUUUGUACCAGAGUGGUGGGGACGAAGACUCUAGCGAAGACGAAUGGGAACUUGACGAAGACAACGAUUUUAACGAUAAUCCAGAAUCAGAAGAAACAAAAUUCUCACCGAGAUAUGAGAGAACAAGAUUAUUUGAAAUAGAUCUUACCAAAGACAAUCUGAUAUCGUGUUUCUGUAAUGGACCAAAUGAUAUACAUGCCGUUCAUCUUACGUGGAUUCAGACCAUCAGGCCGGGAGAAAGAUGCUUUGGCUUAUCAACAUUUUUACUUACAUUUCUUGAAAAUAAGUCUGGUUUAUUAACACAUGAACAUGGUCAAGAUGUGAUUGAGGAUAAUGACUUGUACUUCAGAUCAAAUUGUUCCAAAGAUUUUUGCCACAUUUAUCAUCCUAUCCAGUGUAAUGUAAAAGAAGAGAUGCUCUCUUCUCGUGAUUGGUCACUGUCUCGUUUAGAAGGCAUUUGGGUGGGAGAUUACGGAGGACAUGGUCCGGAAUUUCUCUAUCUAAAUACAACAGACAAUUUUGUCUGCCCAUUGACAAUAUCAAACGGUGUUGUAAAUCGUGGUGAUAUUCUCAAUAAUGUAUUAACAGCAAUAAAAAUUUCUGGAGAUCCAAAUAUCCCUAGAGGAAAAGUAUCGUUUGCUGCAUUAAAACAAAUUGAAGUAAACGAUACCAAAGACGAAAAUGUUACAAGGAAUUACUAUGGAAUUGGACAAAUCGCUUCACAUGGCUACAAACAUCCUCAGUAUAUUCGAGCAAAAGUAGCUGUUGUAUCGAAUGAUAAAGUCAUUGUAUCCUGGUAUCAGUUGAAUGACAUAUCAACAUACAAUAGACUUGCCGCAUCCCGCCCCGCCCCCGCUUAUGGUCUCUCUGGCCGCGAAUAUACCAGCAAUUUUACCGGCGUAUGA